UGGCUGUGAUGUUUAAUGUACUGUUUACUAACUGCAUGUAUUGCUGUAUUUAACCCCUUAAGGACCAAACUUCUGGAAUAAAAGGGAAUCAUGACAUGUCACACGUCAUGUGUCCUUAAGGGGUUAAAAUGACUUGUUUUCAUGUUACAUGCAAGAUCCUGCCUAUUCUUAUUUUUCUUGUGCAACUUCUCCGUGGAUGAUCUGUAGCAAUUUGGUUUUCAGGAUUUUUUUAUUUACAUUAGACAUCUUUAAUUUAAUGAAUCCUUUUUUUUUUUUUUUUUUUCACAGGAUUAGCAAACUGAAGUGACUAGAACAUGGCGUGGAACGGCGGACAGAACAGUAAUGGUGCCAAUAUCCGUUCUGAAAAUCAGUAUUCAUUGCAGCAUACUCCAAACACACUCGCACCUGUGCAAAAACAAAUGCAAUGUGCACCUCAGAACGCUUGCAGUCAGAGUGGCAUGAAUGCGGAAAGAUUCUACUCCAAUCAAAAUGCACAAGGGCGAUAUAUUGAAGGUUUGCUGACAGCAAAAACAAAUGAAGAUAUGUGUAGAUUAGAGAACACUAUCUUGGCUAUUCCACCAUAUGGCCAUACUAAUCAGAUUCCUCAGAAUAAGGGGUCUACAGUAUCCAGCAAUGUGCCAGGCAAUCAGCUUCCUGUUGAGAGAGGAACAUAUCAACCUCCUGACUACCCAACUCAGAAUCUUCAACUAAUGCAAAGAGCGAACUAUGUUGCCCAGCAGUAUGCCAACUUGUCAUCUCAACAACCAUCAAAGUCACAACAGCUACUACAAACAGCACCUGCAGUACAGCGUUAUAAUCCCAAUGGUAAUGCGGUUUCCAUCAAUUACCAUACAGUACCAUCACAAAGUUAUCAGCAGACUGUCAGUUAUGGAAAUUCUCAGAAUCGGGGACCACAACCAACUCAGAAUUUUGAUAAACCCAUUACAUAUGCUUCCUAUAGACAAUCCAGAAGCAAGGUUAACCAUUCCCAGCCAGUUCUGCCAAAAGUGCCAACAUCAUCUCCGGCUCAGUAUAACAUACAAAAGGGAGGAGCUCAGGACUUAAAGUGGAGUUUCCCUUCCAAUAUUGCAAGUAAAAAUGCCAGUGAAUGUCUUCAGAAUCUGCAAGCCCAAUUAAUGCCAAACUGCCAGACAGGGCAGUCAGAGGGUUCUGUUUUAGUUGAUAGGUCUUCAGAAAGUUACCAAACAAAUACACACAGUGCCUCUAUACCAAACCAGCCUGUUCACAAUCAAACAAAUGUGAAUGCAUCACAGACAUUUAAUGUGCAGCAUGGACAGUCUUUUUCCACCCAAGCACAAAAUUACCUCCCACAAGCUGCUCUGCAACCAGUCGCAAAUAAUCCUGAACGGGCUCGCGAGUUGCAAAUGUUGCAAUAUAUUAAGACUUUGCCCCCAAACAGCAAAGCAAGAGAAGAGUUUUAUUUGCUAAUUAAUCUAUAUAAAAAAGUCAAGCAAAACAUGUUUCAGUUGGUUUUGGAAGGAGAACGUAAAAUGCAAAAUGCGCAAUUGCCAGUCAGUGCUACACAAGAAGUUGUGAGUUCCUAUCCCGAAGCUGAACUGAAAUCUGUUUUAAUGCAUCAGCCAAUGGUAUCCAACGUUCCAGUACCACCAGCAAGUUGUAGGGCACAACAACAAAAUGUGACGCAAAGUCCCUCACUUCAGAUGAGGGGAAAUGGAAACCAAGCCAAUCACUCUUCCUCACAGAAGCUUGAACCUCUGAGUCAAACCUAUACCUCUGAAGGGUGGAAUGUAAAUGCUCAAGCUUUGUAUUCUGUGUCUGGUCAGGAGAAUCCUAUGAACACACGUAAUGAUUGUAAUCAGUCUUCCAGUUCUGACUCUUAUAAAUUAGCCCAAGAAAGGGCUGUGACAUCCCAUUUAUUACAGAACAAUUCGGCUACAGUGAACUUGUUGCAAAACCUAAAAAAACUUUUGCCUUCCAGUGUUGGCAACCAAAUGGAAUGUGUUCCUCAAACGAAAACAUUGCCACAGCACAGUGAUUCUUCAGCAAGUCCUCAGAUGAACAGAAGAACUCCUAAUCAUAACGUAAACUUUGUGUCUGGUGUUGGUCAGACAACUACUGUAAAUUUCGAAAAUCAAACUGAUCAGUCAAAUAACCAAACCAGCACUUUGCCGCAGCAGGCUAAUUUUUCUGUAAGUCCUCAGCAAAGCAGGAAGAUGCCUCAAUUUCAGGUUAAUGUAACCCUUGUACAAAGUAAUGGUCCACUAAGGAAUAAUGCAACUAUUGAAAAUACCAGUGGUCCAUCGAGUAUCCAGGAAACCCCUUCACCAACGGCACAAAGUGCAGAUGUUUUAUCCAGUUCAUUAGAAGCCAUAGAUACUUGUCUCACAAUGUGGAAGACUAAGCCACAUAAUGUGUCUGGGGCAAAUCAACUUUUGUUAAAACAAAAUAAACAAACUAUAGGGGACAGCACUGCCUCAAAUGGUGAUUGCUUAAAUGAAUGGUUAAAAGACCCUUCUGUCAUAUGUAAUGAUGCUCCUGUUUCAAUAUCUGGUAUUUCUUCACUUAAACAAGAAGCAGGAUCUGCUAAAGUUGGUGAGCCUCAAAUUGCCAUUGUUUCCCCACUAGUACAAUCCAAAACAAAGCGUCAGACGGAGCUCCAGCCUCAAAUAACCCACGAACCAGUCACCCAAGAAGCUACUACCCUGCCCUUUAACAUUACAAGUGAAAAAGUUAAUUCUUAUCUGGGCAGUAUGGAAAAUAUCCCUGGCACGGCUCAUGGAGGCUUCAAACGUCGGUUAUUAAGUGAACUUGAGGUUGUAAAUUCGGUUCUUCAAACAAUAAACUCUGGUAGAACAAUGCCUCUGUUGCAAGAGGAUACACAAAAUACCUCAUUUGUACAAAAACAAAGCAUCAGUGAAUCUUCCAACCAGCUGCUUAUCCAAACUUCAAAUCAAGAAAGUGAAACCGAACAAGACGGUAGCUUUCAAAUAUCUGGUAUCUGUUCCCUCGCUGAAGGAAACUCUUUCUAUGACUCAUCAGUUGCCAUGAUGUUUGUCAAUUCAUCAUUACCACAGGAAGACAACUUGUGCUUCACAAAAAGUGAGGUGCAGGAUGGUCAGGAAAGAGAACCCGAACAAUGUUCUUCUGAGACUCCACAGAUGGAAAAUGCUACAGUUGAUGAUCACAAACUAGAGACUACAGAUGAGGUAAAGGACACUGAUGCAACCUCCCAUUCUAUAGCCUUAAUGCCUGAGUAUUUACAUGGAUCAGACACUCUGAACCUUAAUGUAGAAUAUUCUUGUACUGAGCAGUCUCCACAUGAAAUGGCUAGUGCUGACUUAGACUCCACAAAAUUAUCUGAUCAGUUGACUGAGCUGUUAUCGGAAUUCCCCUAUGGAAUAAAAAAUUAUGUGUCAGAACUUGCUGAUAAAGUAACAAACCCUGUAUCUUCACCCAUUAAGAAAGAACAAAGUCCGGUUGGUAAUGGAUGUUUCUUAGUUGAAGAACCACCUAGACUUCAGCAAGUAUUAAAAGAAGUGCCUUCAGUUAAGACUUUUUCUAUGUCAUUUAAAGAACUACCUCAAGCUGAGCACCCAAACGAUGAAGAGAGUAAUUUAGGUGACAGUGUAUCUCUAUCCGUUAAGGAAGACCUACCUCCACUUGAGAGAGAAUCGUCCCUACUUCUGGAAAAUUCUUCAUGUUCUGAGAAAUUAAGUGAGCCGCCCCUUCCUCAGCUUGAGAGAGAAUCACCACUAGUUCUGGAAAAUUCUAUGUAUUCUGAACAAUUAAGUGAGCAGUCCUUUGACAGCAUACAGAUUACAAUACUAAGUCAGGAAGAAAGUGCUAAACUUUUUCCUGGUACAGCAGAUACAGAGUUGUUGCAUGAUUUGCCUGUGGAAAAAACGGAGGACACAAGUAAUGCAGUGCUGGAUGACUCCCAGUCCAAAGAUGGUAUUGAGAAGUCUGAUAAGGAGAAUGUGGAAAGUUCAUCAAAGAAAGAAAUGCCUGAUGAGUUUUGUUGCCUGUUUAAAUGGCUCACGUAUGCAUAUGGGAAAGCGCCAAAAUGCUCGUGUAACUUAGCAGAAGUCAAAAGCGUUAAACAGUCUCUAGUAAACACAGUGCUUGACGAAACAUCUGGUUCUUCUGACAUAAAUGAUUCAUCAAAGCCCAUAUUACCAAAUUCCACAAAUACUAAUUUUAUAGAUAGUGAGCCAUCUCCAAACUCUGUGUGCCAAUCUUCAGGUGAAAAUGAAGUGUCCUCAUUUGUGAAGCAGACAGAAUGCAAAGAGGUGCAAUCAGUCGCUAAAUUUAAACCUCCAAUUUCAAACAGUACCCCAAACUUGCACGUGGAGAAGAAGUUAAAAAGAUCUGAAUCCUGGGGAAAGAAAGCUACCAAAUCUGUUUAUGAAAACAACAAAUAUGUCAAACUUGGAAAACCUGACUGCAAGAAUAGUUCAAGAGAGGAGGCUUCAAAAAAAGCUAAAUUUGACUCCACAUCUUCAAGAAAACCAGAUAAACUGAUAAUUAAGACUGACUUUUUGAAAAACAGGAACUUUAAAAAAGACAGAAACCGUUCACCAGAGUCAAAAAGUACUCAAUCGGCAAAUGGUGCAGGAGAUUGUUCCCAAACAUCCACCUCUCAAAACCCAGCCAGGGAGGUCGUGAAAAAACACAAUUCAAAAAAAGCUAUAGGUGAAAAUGUAAAACAGCCUGCGCGGCAACAUCAUUCCACAGAGCGGUUUUCAAAACCUAGCCUGGAAAAAUCCAAACCUUUCUCGUCCAGCCUUGAUAGUGACAUGCCGAUUAAAUCUGCUAACAAGUGUGAUAAACCAAAAACCUUGCCAGAUUACCUGCAAAGAAGACCUUCUAACAGCCACGGCAAAGGGCAGGAGCCAGUAUUCACACAAACAAAAGGUCAAGAAAAAAAUUCGAAUAAAUACUCACAUCCUGAGAAUCAAAAAAUUGGACCUAACUGGAAUGGGCAUCGAACAAGCCGUAUGAACAUAAAAUCUCCUGCAAAAGCUAAACACAUUUCCUCAAAAGUGAGCUCUGAGCAAGCAACGUUAACUAAAAAUUUAAAUCGCUUAAAAAGAGAACUAUCAAAAAGUAAAAGCUAUAUAUCAAACAAUAGCCGGCAAAUUAAUUCUAAGCAGAGCACUCAAGGGGGAAUGUCAGCCUCAAAUAAAGUGUCAGAUCUGACAAAUUCAUCAGCAAGUAAAGAUAAAAUUUAUUUGGGUCCUUUUCAUACGUUGAAAAGUCCAUCUCAGAAUAGCAUUAGUCUAACAAAGCUGGAAGUCAGGUCUGCACCAGACAAAUCUGGAUUCAUUCACGGUGACAGGAGGCGUAAGUCAUUUGAGCAAGCUUCACGGACUAAUUCGUCAAGUACUGUUGUGAAGAAGACAAGUAGCCCAAAAAUGUUAGAAUUUAAACUCUGUCCUGAAUUGUUACAGAAAAGUCCUUUGGCACAUGUCCACUCGGAAGAGCCAAAGACCAAAAAUGAACAAAAUAGAAUUGAAGGUAAGGUAUAAUGUUUUCUUUAGUCUAUUUCUAUAUAGCUGUUCAUUUUGGAUUUGCCUAAAAUGUAUGUUUCUUUAUUUUGUAGGAAUUAAAAGCAAGAAGGAGGCAUGGUUUAAAGAUAUUCCAUUUAAAAAACGUAGACUUGAAAGCUUUGAAGAACAAAGUAAGUUAAUACGGUCUUCAAUAUGUUUUUGGAUGGUCGUGUGUCUCUACCACUUCAGAUAAGAACAGCUGUAAUAUGAGCAUUUUGUUGCAAUCUAUAUUGGGUCCAUAACAUAUGGCUAACAUGUUGGGAAUUUGAAUAUGUAGUAGAAUUUGAAUAUGUAGUAGAACACUUGAAGCACCAUAACUACUACAAUGCACUGUAAGUAGUCAAACUGCACACUGCAGUGAUUAUGAUGCUUGUAGUGAUUAAGGGUUUAGAAAAUGUAUCCCUUCUGUUUUUUCCAGUAGAAAGCUCACCUGUUAAAUGUUUUAAUGUGAUGCUUGCUGCCUUAUUUUCUCUCCACUCAUAUCUUGAAGCUGUUAUUACAGAGGUGGUGAUAAUGCAGCAGAAUGACUGAAAUGUGUUUCACUGUGCUCAGACACAAUUUAUAUUACGUAUAGGCAUCAGAUUGCACUUUGACACUUUAUAUUUUACCCCCUACAGAGGACCAAGCUUCUUCACAGUCUUCAGGACCUACUCAGUCUUCUCCAUUAACCGAAACCGAUUCUGCACGGCAAUAUCAGGAUUCCAAAGCUGCAACGUUUCAGGCUUUCCAAAAGAUUUUUCUGGAAAAGAGAAGCCGGAGCCUUGAAAGCUAGCUGAUCAAAACACCUUUGACUUGAAACUGCUGUAAUGGCUGUUUGACUUUUUUGUUUUGCCUUCUUGUUCUGUGAAGGUAUCUUCACUACAAAAUUUACAAAACAGCUGUUGAUGAUCCAGUAUUAAAUAGGGCAUGUUGACCCUGACACUAAAAUAUGCAGUUUAUUUUUUCACUUUUUUAUGGUUUUAAUUUAAUGUACGUCAAACACUGGCGGGUUUCUUUGUUUACAGUAUGCUGCUAUAAAAAGGGUUUACACUUUCUCUACAUUAAGACUUUUUUUUUUUCUCUCAGCAGAAGCCAAAAAAACUCAUGUUUUCCUACCUGAAACGUGAGCAACAAACUGCUGUUAAAGUGAGCAGAUUACAUUGUGAACUUUAGCUGCUAGGUCAAAACUUUGCACUAUGUUCAUUAUAACAGUUUUUUGUUAUGAAAUCUUUGUUAUAGAAUUAUUUUUCACAAGUUGAAUAAAACCUUUUUCUUUUGUAAAGAUGGUUUGAAAAGUCUCUAAUUUACUAAACUGCAUGCAGUUACUUAAUCAUGUUUGUUUUUUUUCAUUUAAAAUUGAACUCUUUGUUAUAUUCUCUAUGCUGUCCCUGUAAAAAAUAAAUAAUUGUGUAUUUAGAUUUAAACCUGCACCACAUAUGAUUGAAUUUACUAAAAUGUUGCACCUUUUAAUACCCCAGUGAAUAGCUGCAAGAGUUCUUAGUCUUUUUCCUCUUAUACCUUAGUUUGUCAUUACAGAACUUAUCUAAUAUUGAACUAAACAUCUUCUGUUACUUUAGAUUGUUAAAGGACUAAGGACCAUGCUGACCGUGGCCAGGGGAAUGGGUUAAAAAUGUUUUAAAAAGUGUGUUCCCAUCCCAUCCACCUGUUUGCAUUUGUAAUAUGUGAUAGGUUUCAGGAUGAGUGUACAGGACACAUAAUCUCCUAAUGAAAUGUUAAAUCAGCUGGCCUGUGGCAUAUUCUUUACUAUAUUUUAAGAGUAAGAAAAGUCAAAGUGUGCGAUUACAUGUAGAUUCUCUGUAAACAUGUUUACUUGUGCAAUGUCUGUUCAAAUGAAAUACUCACUAUGUUCUGUGAUACAUUUUGAUUGAAAUGGCAAAGUAGUGGAAGGAUUUUACCAUUACAUUUUGAAAUGGACAAGCCAAUUGUAAUUGCUAACUAUGUGGACGCAUGUAUUUUUGUAUAAAAUUUGGUUGAUUAAUCAGCACCAUUGUAAAGGAAAAUGUGGGUAAAAUAGCACUUCAAAUUCCUGUUUAAGCAAUGUAUAUGUGAUGUGCACCCCUCCCAGUUCCGCAUGAUACUUAGCAAGUGUUCUAAAAAGGCAUUUAAAUUGUAGAAGUCUUGUACGAUUGCGGUCAAACCUCCAAAGUGGUUAACAUUUUCUUUCCAAACUUAAUGAGUGGUUAUACGCAAACAGUACUGGUAUAUUUUGGCCAUAUUGCAACUAAAAUUGGCUCCCCAUUUUAAAUUACACAAAAUGCUAAACAUUGUACUUGUGAUAUUACCAUAUGAUUACAGUAACCUGUCUGCUUGUCAACAGCUGAGAACUGCAGCUAACGUUUAUAUAAUUUAUUUAUUUUUAAGUGUAAAGAAGCCUGGAUUCCAUACCAAUAUACAUUGUUUAAAUUAAGGGUGGUGUAAAUAUGACAUGACACCACUGCAAUUUCCAAAAAUGUUCCUUGCAUUCUGAAUGAGUUUGUCAGAUCAAAUUAUGCAGAUCUAUUUUAAAAAGGGCUAGAAUGAACAUGUUUGUUGAUUCUUUAUCUAACAAGAAAUAUGCCGUCAUUGAUUCAAGAAUUACAUUUUAUUUUUCCCCUUUCCCUUUUUGUGGCAUCAAAUGGCCAUCGCUUCAAAUUGACGGUGUUUUUAUGGAUCAACAGGAUAAAACAAUAUUUCAAAGAUUGAACACCCCUGUGGAGAAUUAUUUGUCAAGUUCGUUUCGGGCAUUGUAUGCAGCCGCUAUUUGUAGGUUGGAUGUGGCGUGAGUUAUCCCGGCGAUGGCAGAAAUUAAAGGAACAAUUCCGUUUUCUGUGCUCCUCUUAGGUUGUAAGCUUGUUUACGCAGGGCCCUCUUCACUGGCUGUUCCCAUAUGUCAAACAUAUUUAUUAGAAUUGAUUGUCUUUAUGUAUUAUACAGUGCUGAUGAAUAUGUUGGUGCCAAAUCUAUAAUUGUAUGUUUAAGGGUCUCCAUGCUGCUCCUGUAAAAAUAAAAAAUACAAACUGUAACCCAUUAUGGGGCACACUAGACUCCUUUGGUAGCUGCUUUGCCUUCAUAAUGGUUUUGUCCAAUCUAAUAUAUAAACAAUUGGGGACAUAGGGCAUGUGUGGCAAUUCCUGCCUCUGCCAAACAUUAG